CUCCGAGGGACACUUUGUUCUCCUUCCCCCACACGGCAAUCAACGACAGACUCCCAUCUUUCGUGCUUGUGAACAUGGCGAAUCAAGGUUAUGAUGUAGUAGUGGACGUGGAUGCAGAUGGUGACCUUGGGCAUACCGAUCUCCAAGAAGACCUCGAGUUCCAUCCGUCCAACUUUGAGAACGAGAACCGGAGCUCCAAGGUACAACCCGACGCAACACCGUUCCUCGGCGGAGGCCCGUCCCGCGGUCGUGACCGGUCCCCUGGAGGCUCGCCUGCGAAACACUCCUGGUGGACGAUCCAUUACUACUCACAAUUCUUUGACGUGGACACGAACGAGGUACUACGGCGCUGUGUCGCAGCCGUCUACCCGCGCAGCAACUUCCUAGACGUGCUGGAGGGUAACGCGGAUCUGUACGGGCCGUUCUGGAUCGCGACGACGGUGGUAGUGAUCCUGUUCCUAACAGGGACCAUCUCGCAAUACCUGGCAAACAACGACGAUGAGCACUUUGAAUAUGACUUCACGCUCCUGUCUGGUGCGGCUGGCUUGGUCUACGGGUAUACGGGGGUGAUCCCCAUCGCGCUGUGGGCGGCGCUCCGCUGGUUUGGCAGCUCGACCGCCGACCUGAUUGAGUGCUGGGCACUCUACGGCUACGCGAACCUUGUUUGGAUCGGCGUCGCUCUCGUGAGCUGGAGCCCGUUGACAGCCCUCAACUGGGCCCUCGUCGGCGUUGGCUUCGCCUGGUCCGUCGCCUUCCUCCUGCGCAACCUGUACCCCGUCUUGAGCGCCACAGACGCCAAAGCAAGCAAGAUCCUGCUAAUCCUCGUCAUUCUGCUCCACGGCGGAUUGGCCAUCGCCAUCAAGGUUCUUUUCUUUGCACAUGGUAGCCCGGUUAAUAAAGACACAUGAUAUUCGCGAUUUAGGGUGGGAAUCAGGGUAGGGUACACGUUUUACACGCGUUUUUCUAAGAAGUUUCUGGCAAUGUGCCCCUGCCUUGGUAGUGUUACUUCCUUCUUCAAGCAGUCAGUAAAGUCUGCAGGAGUCUUAUGAUUGGUUUUCUUAUCGAACUGAAAGUUUCAAAAUGCAAAUACCCAUAUCAAGAGUAGUUUUUUUUUUCUGAAUAGUUGGGAGAUCCUUAAAUAUAGUAGCCUGAACCAAGUG